AUGCAUGGGAAUAGGACAUAUUUUGGGAAUUCUAAUAAGGCCAAACUGAUGCUCCCAAGAAGCAGCAGUCCGGUCACGGUGUACGUGGACGCGGACCAGAUCCCGUGCGUCGUUGAGGAGGCCUUCGCAACGAUUGCCUGGGACGACUUGGAAGAAUGCAAGUCUGUGAUGCGACGAGAUAAUGACUCCCUUGGCUCGCAGGUAAAUGAAUCGGUCGCAGAUGAGCAAGACUUUGCAGACUACGCGUUUGAUUUAAUUGCAGAUUCGCCUGGCACUUUGGAGAGCAGCUUCUCUCCUGCUGGGCUGGUACCAUUCCAGGGCUGCAUUAUACCGCCACUCACCCCGCAGCACGACUUCUCGCAAGAGGUCUGCCCUCGCUACCCCUCCCCAGCCGAAGGACUGCCACAUGCCCACGACGAAGCCCUCUGGAGGGGCCUGGCCCAUUACCACCACAGAGCCCUGGAGGAGGCUCUGGACACCAGCAGUCAGCUUCACUUGACGGUCACCAAAAAGAAAGCUGAGAUCAACUCCUUCCAGGAGAGAAAUGUCCAUCUCAGGGAACUCGCCAGCAGAGCCAAGCACCUCGCCUCUGUGCUCGAUACCCUUAUGAGCGGGAGGGAACCGUGUCGAGGUGCCACACCCUCCCGUCACGGAUCCGUCACGGCGAGGAACUGCAAGAGGCCGCGAUCGGACGAGGACUGCGAGACGGCUUCCGCCCCGGGCCUCGUGGACGACAUUAUUCGCGACAUCAGCGAACGCUGCAACGCUGUCCUGCACCGCAGCGCGAAAGAGCCAAAAAUGGACGACACAGAGACUGUACAAAUGUUUGGCUUGUUCUCCGGGUUACAGACCUCUGUGGCCACGGAGAAGGUUUCUCGCGGGGAAGGGUCCGAAUCGCCACUUGACACGUCUUUUCGUACAUCAGUCCAGGAACACAGCACCAUUCGUACCCAAGCAUAUCCACACGGACAUUCCUUCACCUCCAGGAACCCACAAGGAGGAUACUGCUUUCGCUGGGUACCCAAGCAGAGCUAG